AGUACAAUUAUCCUUAAAUUCUUAGUUAAAAUUUGGAAUGAUGAAUUGGUCAAUUGAAGAAGUUUGUUUGCAUUUAGAGCAGAAAGGUCUUGGUGAUUUAAAAGAAAAAAUUGUUGAAGAAGAAUUUGAUAAAAAAAUAUUGUUGAGUUUAACGGAAACAAUGGUUUUAAAUUUGUGUGUAACAAUGCGAAAGCAAGUUAUGUUGUUGGAAAUAAUAAAGAAUCUUCAAGCACCGCCUGCACAAGUUAAUUUAAAUGUGUCUGACCUUGGUGUACUUCAGAGUAGUGCAUCAGAAGCGUGUUACACUGGUGCUAGGAAUAUUUUAGUAGGAUCCAUUAGAGCUACGACAUCAUGGCCAGUUCGGUAUCAACUACCUAUUUUACCACCAGCAGUUGUUAGAGCUUUGGAAUCCAAAGACUGUUGCUUUUAGCAGUAUAGAAGGAACAGCUGCAGGAAUCAAUUGAUACAAUGUUUAUAUGAUGACAUCAACAAAUUUACAUUGUAUCCAUCCAGUACCCAAUAUUCAGGUGUGCUUGCCACCAUAUGUAGCAAGUAUCCAUACUUAAAUGACUUCCCUUCAAGGAGUGGUAGUUCAUCACAACAAUACCUACAAUUGGUAAGUUGUUUAAUGGCUAAUAUAAAUAAAUAAUAUAAAUUAUAUAAUGUUAUUGGAAUAU